AUGGCACUCUCACUUGAGAAUUAUGCCCUCCGACAACGACGCUUCGCUCCCCUCAAUCCAGCCCUCGCGGAACCUUCUGAUGCGCCUCGGUUGAAAGGAAUUGUGUUCGAUGUUGACGGGACACUAUGCCUACCACAGAAUUACAUGUUUUCCGAGAUGCGUAAAGCUCUGGGCAUCGACAAGAAAGUCGACAUCCUGCAUCAUAUUCGGGAUCUUCCCACCGCUGCCGAGCGCACCGCGGCAGCCGAAAAAAUCAAAGCCAUCGAGCGAGAGGCGAUGAAGCAACAGCAGCCUCAGCCAGGUCUGGUGGACCUGAUGGACUACCUCCAGUCUCGGGGUUUGCAUAGGGCCCUCUGUACACGCAACUUCGAGGCGCCAGUGAUGCAUCUCUUACAGAAUCACCUUCCUUCUCACGUUUUCCUACCCAUCAUUACGCGAGAAACACCUGGUCUACUUCCCAAGCCUGAUCCUGCUGGGAUUCUACAUAUUGCCCGAGAAUGGGGGCUUGACAAUCGCGCUGAGAAUUUGAUCAUGGUUGGCGACAGCAUUGAUGAUAUGACUGCCGGUCAUACGGCGGGCGCAGCGACUGUGCUGCUUGUCAACGAGCACAAUACUCAUCUCAAAGACCAUGCUCAUACAGACCUCUGUAUCGAGCGUUUAGACGAGCUGAUUGACAUACUAGAAAACGGUUUCGUUGGUCACCGGGGAGGAGAUAAGCCACCCACAAGUGACAGGGAUGGAUAG